AUUAAUAGAGAUCCUGAUAUAUUUUAAGAACGAUGGGUGGCCAUCACGAACAUGAAAUCAAAAUACCGGAUUACAGAAUAUAUAAAGUUGAUAACGUACCGGAACUUGUGAAGGUGAAGAAUAUUUUAGCUACCGAAGGACUUAAAGAUCCGUGGUUGAGGAAUGAAGUUUGGAGAUAUCCUCCAAAUCGUGGUAGUCGUUAUGCACAAUAUUUCAAAUGUUGGUUCCGUGGUAAACGUGGGCUUACAAUUGCCUUUGGAUUAGCAGCUUCUAUUAUUGCUGUGGAAAAAACCUAUGAACAUUUUUAUCCACCAGUUCACCAUCACAGAAAGCCUUACUUUCCAUCAUCCAGUCUUUAAUUUAAGAUAAUAGUACCAAAAUCAAUGGAAUUCAAUGACGUGUCUAGAGAAUUAAUGAUUAAACGAUAUAAAAAUUCAGUACGAUAAAUUUUAGUUUUAGUUUAAUUUGUUUGUAUUACAAAAAAAUUAUUUAUAAAAAUAUAUUAUAUGAAAAUAUGCAAGGAUAAAUUUAACUAUCACACAUGAUUUAUAUGUGGAACACGUACAUUUUGUAUUGUAACUAAAUUGUUUUAAAAAUGGUUGUAGCAUAGAAAAAAGUGAUACUACUAUUCUCGUUUACUGUCUCAAAAUGUUAUAAUUGAAUAUGAUUUUUUUCUCCUUUUACUCUUGUUAAAUUUAUUCAUAAAAAUUAUUUGUGGUCCAACCACACGAUAGAAUAGAGUAAAAAGUUAAAAUGAUUAUUUCGAGGGAUAAGUUGAUACCUCCUUGAUCCUUAUUAUCCCUUUAACCAAUAGACUUCACUCUUCACUAGGGCUUUGCACUGGAAUCAUUUAAUCCGGUUUCGGGUAUUGAAAGAAAAUGCAGGUGUCUGAUUUAAUGAACUUUUCUGGUUAUGAUUAAAUGUACAUUUAUUUGGGUUAAUUAUGGUUAAUUAAGGUGUUAAAGAAAACCCAUGUUGUAUCAAUUAACAUGAUGUUUUCAACAUGACAAUUUGAUAUAGUAAUCUGGUUUUAUUUUUAAAGUAUACACAAUGAAAAAUAUUUAAUGAAAAAAAUGUGCGCUCAUUAUUUAUUUUGACUAAAUAUAUUUUCGUUCUGAUACAUAAGAAAA